AUGACCGAGUCUCUUCUCAUGCGCUGCCGCAUUUCGUUACUGCCCAUUUUUUUGCUAUUCCCAUACAACAAGGCUCUUGCUGCUGUGCGCGAAAUGAUCGAUAACUUCGGAAUGGCACCGUGUGAACGCACCGAUCGAGUUCCGGAAGGUAAAAGUGCACAUACACUCCUUCUGUCUGGCAUCUAUCGUGGUGGUUAUGAGUUUUUGGCCAAAAUUCGAUUUGUACUCGAUCCUGUCGAUAAAACGGUUACAAUGAAUCUUUUGCUUAGGUAA